GUUCGCUAGUCCAGUCUGAGUCGAGUCCCAACCACGUUUGCGCCAGGCGAGCAGAGGAAGAAAAAAAUAGUCUUCAACUCAGCAUUUCUUACCAUAGAAACACGAAUCAUUGAGUGAAUAAUUGAUGUAUCGAUGACGGAAAAUGGCAACAUAAACAUCGCAGAAAAAUGUUGGAUGAAAACUUUGCUAAAACCAAAACUACUUUUUAUUUUUCACUUAUAUAUCUUUAUUUCUGCCGCAAGUGUUUCAUUACGUCUUCUGCAAAGGUGCAUCCAUAAUCCCCGAAAAAAAAAAAAAAAGUGCGUCCGGAGCCGAGAUGUGUGAGUCAUAAGUCGAAAAAAAUGUGUGCUCUUAGAUCAAAGAAUGCGUUGGAAAAAAGAGAGCUGCAGCCUGAAAAAAAAUAAAUAAAUAAAUAAUGAAAUAAAUGGGCAUCUACAAUUGAGAAGUAUGCAUCUGUAGCUGAGAAAAGUACAUUAAUACACGAAAAAUGUACCUAAGUAAUCGAAAAAUGUGCAUCCAUAAUCGAGAAAACAAUAAAUGUACGUCCGUUGCCGAAAAAUGAGAAAGAUGUGGGUUCGUAGCCCCACAAAAAGAAAAAAAAGGAAUAUACUGAUGUAUUGUUGUAAAGUGCCCGGGUGGUACUGCGUUAUUUUUUGUGGGGCCCAUGUAGUUUAUCACCUUACAGAGCUCAGGCAAGAUAAGCGUAGUGUUUUAAGUGCGUUAUUAAAGUGUGUUAGAGCAAAUGACCAACAAAUAAGAUUUUUUUUUACGAAGAGGUAAUAUUUGUGUAAAAAAAAAUAUUUGGUACCUCUUUUCUCCCUCAAAUUUGCAGUUUUCGAGUUAUACUUUUUUUUUUUUCUUUUUCGUUCACGUUAGUUGUUUCCCACCUUCCACUCCAACCGUAUUGAGGAACCUGUGGGAAACUAUGGUUUUUACUUAGAACAUCGAAUCGAGUGGCAAUAUGCAUUUUUGAUGAGGUGGGGGAGGGCAUGGCUGUGCCAGUGACUUAACACGCCGGAGCCACUGGCAUUGUAGGGAGCAGUGUUGCCAACGAUUCUCAGCUAAAUUGAUGGUUACCUUUAUUUCAUUAAGAUAACAAUUCAUUCAUACUGUAUUCAUUAUUCAUCUUUAGAUUCGAUGCUUCCGAAGCCAAAAAUUCUGAAACAUUAUUCAUCUUUGGAUUCGAUGUUUUUGAAGCCAAAAACUUCGAAAACCCUGAUUUUCCUCAGGUCCUUCAAUAUUGCGGACAGGACGGUGGUAGGCUCAACUAGAAAACUCAACUGGAAAAUUCAACAUUUGCUUCUAAACAAGAGGUACGAGUACAUCGUUAAUAAACUCAAUAUGAAUAUUACCAGAUAUCAGAUAUAUCAGAAAUUCAAAAUUGACUGGAAUUCAUAUAAUGGUAAGAUAAUCAAUAAGAUGUCUAGAGAAAUCAAUAUAGUGAUUAGAGAAAUGAUAAUGCAUAGGAAAUCAGUACAGUUGUUACGAAAUUUAUAUUGUAAUUAGAAAUCAAUGUGGGAAUGCAAAUCAGAAAAUAGAUGAGAUGUAAGACAAUAAACAAUAGUGCGCAUUUAAGAGUUUGCUAAGAGAGUUGAAAAUUAUGAUUAAAGAAAAAAAAAAGGAGAAUAAUUUGAAGUGAAAGCCACAAAAAAUAAUAAGUAAAUAAAUAGAUAAAUAAAUAAAUAAAGAGAAGAAAAGCGGAAGAAGAGGAAAAGAUGACGUCCUUUAAUUUUCGUUCAUAUCUUCAGGUGGUGAUGCUCACCAACAUUCCUGUUGCGUCCAAACAUCCAAACAUCACGGAGGUCAAUCACGGCCUGUCGUACUUUGAGGACGCCAAACGCAACAUGUUCGAAGUCAGAAAAAAUGAAAACUUUGAUGGACUCAAAAAGACGAUACUUUCCUUCGCCAAGAAUCUAUACAAGAGACAGGCAGUGACGGAAUUAUAUGAAAGAAGAAAGGAGUUCGAUCUCAUAGUGGUGAACUAUAAGUUCAAUGAGAUGGUGUAUCCUUUCGUACAUGAAGUCCCUUUCAUUACUGUCGCUACGCCCGGGAUUGACCCUCACCAGAGUGCCAUUCUGGGAAAUGUCCUCAGUCCGUCUUACGUGCCUGAAAUAAUGUUCGUGCCGAGGUCCUUCCCGAUGUCUGCUUGGGAUCGCUUCAAAAGUAUCCUUUGGCUCCUUGCCUCAGGGUUCACGUGGAGGCACUGGAAUAUUGUGCCCUUGGUUCAGAAAGAGAUCUCAGCCCAGUUCCCUGACCUGCCGCCUCUGCUAGACAUUGAGAGGAAUCAGAGUCUGACACUGAUGAACACUCACUUCAGCAUUACUACUCUGGUACCUCUCCUACCUUCACAGGUGGAGGUGGGAGCCAUGCACUGCCGACCUGGCAAGCCUCUACCACAAGACCUGGAGUCGUGGCUCGCCGGGGCAGGAACUGCAGGCGUCGUCUACUUCAGUCUGGGUUCCGUCACCCGCGGUGAAUCCAUGCCACCAAAUUACCGUCAAACAUUCCUGGAGGCUUUCCGCAGAUUGCCACAGCGGGUCCUGUGGAAGUAUGAAGGAGAACUGGAAGGAGCGUCUGACAACGUCAGGAUUAGCAGCUGGCUCCCCCAGCAGGACAUCCUCGCUCACCACAAUGUGAAGGUGUUCAUCUCCCAUGGCGGCCUCCUCAGCCUUCAGGAGUCCAUCUUUCACGCUACAACCCUUCUCGUCCUCCCCAUCUUCGGUGACCAGCCCAGGAACGGCAUGUUCAUUGAAAACGCGGAAAUUGGUCGCUUGUUGGUGUGGGAGGAACUUACUGCCGACAGGAUCGUCGACGCCCUCACUGACAUCAUCAAUAACACAAAAUUCAAAGAAAACGUGGACAGGAUGUCGGCGUCCUUAAGGGAUCAACCAACGACGCCGCAGGAGCGUGCAGUGUUCUGGACGGAGUACGUGAUCCGCCACCGAGGGGCACUCAAGCUGAGGUGCCCGGCCACACAGCUAUCCUGGGUGGAGUUCCUAAUGCUGGACAUAGUGGGCUUCCUGUUGCUGGCUUUGCUGGUGUUGAUAUUUGUCAUUCGCCGACUCAUGUGGUCAGCCUCCUGUGUCCUCUUCGGCGACAGAGCGAAGAAGGAAACGCACUAAAGAAUCAGAUGAAGGGGUGCUAGCGAAAAUAUGGCGUUAUUAUAGUUCAUCUUUC